UGGGCGUGGUAGGCAGGGGCGGGGCUGGGUGAGGUGCAAGGGGACCGUACCUGACCCUCAAGAGCUCUGCUCUGCGGAUCUUGCCGCGCCGCACCGGGAAACAGGAUGGAGAGUAGGUGCUACGGCUGCGCUGUCAAGUUCACCCUCUUCAAGAAGGAGUAUGGCUGUAAGAACUGUGGCCGGGCCUUCUGUUCCGGCUGCCUUAGCUUCAGUGCAGCAGUUCCCCGAGCUGGAAACACUCAACAGAAAGUCUGCAAGCAGUGCCAUGAGGUUCUGACCAGAGGAUCUUCUCCUGCCAAUGCCUCCAAGUGGUCACCACCUCAGAACUAUAAGAAGCGUGUGGCAGCGUUGGAAGCCAAGCAGAAGCCCAGCACUCCCCAGAGCCGUGGACUGACCCAGCAAGAUCAAGUCAUUACUGAGCGCCUAGCACGGCUCCGCCAGGAGAACAAACCCAAGUCAGUGCCUUCACAGGCGGAGAUAGAAGCCAGGCUAGCUGCACUCAGGGAUGCACCCCAGGGUCCCGUCCCUUCCACCCAGGAGAUGGAGGCUCGGCUUGCUGUGCUACAAGGCAGAGUUCCAUCUUCUCAGGGCCCCCAGUUGGCACAUCAACCACCGGACCCCAGGACCCAGGUGCAGCAGGCAGAGGAUCUGCUGACACAGCUAACAGCGGAGGUGGCUAUUGAUGAGAGCUGGGAACGAGAAGGCCCAGCCACCUCUAUCCAGAACGACCUCAACCGGGGGGGCCCAGGGGCCCAGAGCACCAGUUCCAGGGGGCAAGCCACCUGGUCCCUGGAGGAGGAGAAGAGCAGGUUGCUGGCUGAGGCAGCGGUCGAACUUCGGCAGGAAAACACUCGGCAGGAGCGCAUCCUGGCCCUCGCCAAGCGCCUGGCUGUGCUGCAGGGACGGGACCCUGAUAAAGUGACCCUCCAGGACUACCACCUUCCAGACAGCGAUGAUGAAGAGGAGGAAGAGACGGCCAUCCAGAGAGUCCUGCAGCAGCUCACCGAAGAAGCUGCCCUGGAUGAGGCAAGUGGCUUUAACAUCCCUGUGGAGCCAACUCCCCAACCCCAAGACCAGUCCUGCAGGGCAGAGCCUAAGGCCCAGACCCUGGCCGCCCAGCCCGAGGAAGAGGAAGACGAGCUCCCCUGGUGCUGCAUCUGCAAUGAGGAUGCCACCCUUCGCUGUGCUGGCUGCGACGGAGACCUCUACUGCGUCCGCUGCUUCCGGGAAGGCCAUGAUGCCUUUGAGCUUACAGAGCACCAGACAUCUGCCUACCAGCCCCUGCAUAAAGGCCGAGGACACUGAGGGAGCCCUGGUCCUCCCGGGAAGGUCAUCCUACAGGCAAGCACACGGGCUGGGGUGCCCUCUGGGGCAUCUUAUGGGAGGACAUGUCAGGCUGGACUGCUUAUAAAUGUACCCUUUCCUAAGCCUCCAUUCCUGGAAGGAGGAAGGAGUCUCCAUUGGAGAAAAUGACUGGAGGAGCCAGAGGGAAGGCAGAGGUCAGGAGCCUUCCAGCAUUGGAGUCUGGAUUGGAAGUGAGCAACAGGGCAAGACCAGCCUGAAUCUAAGGAGGAGCCUUGAAACUUGCUCAAGAGCCCAGGGCCCUCCGCUGGCACUUGGAGGAUUUAAUAAAGUGUGUGAUUCAUUGGA